AUGGCUAGAACCAGAUCCAAGGGCCCCGCCUCACCGGUAGUAAAUAAGGUUAAAGAGUCAGACAAAGUUGCCAAACCAAAAAAAUCACCAAAGCCAACCAACAAAAAGGACCAGAAAACUCAAGCUCAGGUUAAAUUGACUGAAUCAGAACAGAAUGUUGCACCCUCUGUAAUAAGUAACAAGGUCACCAACAAAGCUAUCUCCGAGCUCAAGGGUUACAUCCAGAGAGAAAAGUCUAGGAGAGAACAAGAAACAUCUCAAAACCCAUCCUCCAAAUCUCAAUUGUUUGGCGAAGAUGAUGCCGAGGAUUCAACAUUAACCCUUAUUGUCGAAUCAAAAAAGUUCUUUAGUUCAAAACCUCAAUUCAAACCCAAGACCAUUAAAUUAUCCAAAUCCAUAAAUGAUGCAUCAUUAAAAUCUUGUUUGAUACUUCGUGACCAACUUGUCAAGUCAGAUGAAGAAAUUGAAAAAAUCGAAGAAGCAAACUUGCCCACGAUUUCGCAAAUUUUGCCGUUACAGUCGAUCAAGACUGAAUAUAAACCAUUUGAAAAAAGACGUGAGUUGCACUCCAGUCAUGAUUUGUUUUUUGUUGAUGAUGCUGUAUUGAAUACCAUGCCAUUUUCAUUGGGCAAGAUAUUUUAUGAAUCAAACAAGUACCCUAUUCCGUUGAGAGUCACAACCUCGAGUAAUAACAAAGAAUUGUCAUUAACAACUUUAUCAAAUCAAUUGGAAAAGCUUUUGGCUAGUACCAGUUAUUUACCACCACAAGGAACAACUGUAUCCAUUAAAAUUGGUUCCAUUAAUGAUGAAUUCUCACUCGAGGAUUUGAACAAGAAUAUCAACGCUGUUGCAUCCAGCUUUGAACUUAAUACUAUCAAGUCGAUCAUGUUGAAAACUCCAAACUCACCUGCCUUGCCAUUGUAUUAUACAGAUAGCUUGUAUGAUGAGGAUGAUAUACUAGUUGAAACUAAGGAGAGAGAAACAUUUAAAGGUGAUGAGCUCUCGGCUUUUGAAAAGGGAUUAUUAGAAUUAGGAGAUGCAGAAAUGGUUGCUAAAGCCAUUGGUAAAAAAUUGGGGGAGAAAAAGAAGGAGAAAGUUAAGGGAAAGGUAAAUUAUCGCAUAUUGUUUCCUGAAAAGAAUUAUAAAGUAGGCAGAAAUGAUCAAUUAGAUUUCGUGUUUAAUUCACGUAAAUCGGCAAGAGAAUUGUUGGAGCUUAUAAUGGGCCCUCCAUCAUCUGCAAAGACACCAUUGAGUCUAUGUAUCCAAUCUCGAGCAAAGACGAACGUGAAUGGAGCGAUAUUACGACUAAGUAAAGGUGAAAGUCCGAAGGAAAUUGAUUACACCAAUUGCACCAAGAUAACAAUUACAGUUGAGCCCGAUUCAGACCUGGAGUUGAAGGACUUUCCUAUUAUUAUUGAGUGGAUAGAGGUUAAAUUAUUUGUCGACACGGAAGAUGACAACAUCAAAGAGUUGAAACGAUCAGGGAUAGAGUUCGCGUUUGUUGAGGAUAUACUGGAUGCAACCCAUUUCUACACAGCUCAAGCCAUGCCAAAUCUGGUUCACUUCAAAAAUGCUGUAGUUAGAGGGAUACCAAUAGUUAAUGACUCCUGGGCUAAAAGUGUCCUUAAAAAACCUAAUAAUGUCAACAAGUGGUUGCUCAAUUGUGAUUAUUCCCUAUAUCUUCCCAAUGAAAACAGUGCGUAUUUACCUGAACCAAGACGAAAGCUUCUCGAUACAAAGUUAAUAUCCUUUGAACCUGUAGAAUGGUUGGAUGUGAUAGUAGUAGAAAAGAGCGAGGAUGAGAUACAGUCAAAAGUGGGUACCGAUCAGUUCAUUUUAAUCAACACCUUCAGUGUAUUUGGAUUUCAAGCAGUGCAUCAGGCUGAUAUCUGGAAUAAAGUUGUAUCCAAGACAUUGGACACUAUACCAACAAAUAGAAUUCAAGAGCAAUCACAGAAAAGACAAGCUUCAACCGAGACGGGGUCUAGUUCUCGGAAACGACGAAGGUAUGAAAAGGUGGACAAGCUUCAUUUCUUUUCACCUAGCGCUACUUCAAUACCGGUUAUUGAGAGCCAAGAUGGUACGACACCCCUAGAGCUGGCUAAGGAACAAAAUACCAAGCCUGCAAGUAUUGGAAAACUAGUUCAAAAGCCUGUUGUGUCUACACCCAUCGAGGCAGGAAAAGUCAAAGAAGAACAGCCCAAACCAGAAGUAAUUCCGGUAUCCCCCGAGCCAAAUGAUGAGGACCACCAGAAUCCGAGAAAGAGGAGGGGCGAGUCGUUUACAACUCACAGACCACCAAAGCUUCCCAAGUUUGUUCCAAAAGUAUCAUUUGCUGAUGCCGUGAUGAAAACAAAAGAGAAGACGAGAGAGUUGUGGGAAAAAGAGAUGGGAAUACUGGAAGAAUCCGAGGGAGUUACCGCCAACUUGUCAAAUUUGGCCAUCGUGGAGGUUGUUGAUGUACCAAUCAGAAAAAGACAAAGAGAGUACGAAAAAGCUACUAAUGCAACCACUACAGUAGGAAAGAACUUUAAAAAAUUUGUCAAAAGUGUGCCAGUGAAGCGACAACAGUCACGCCCACAUAUUGAAAUGGUUAUUGAAGAAACUACUAAUGUGUUACUACCUAAGCCAAAGCACAAACAUACCACCACCAUGGAUGAAGAUUUCAGUGGUGCAAUGAGUGAAGUACGAGGAUAUGAACCAAACACCCUAUUUGUCCCCGAAGAUGACUCUGAUGGUGGUUAUGAAGAAUCUAUCACCCAACCAUUUUUAAUGAGUCAAGAGAAUGCCAGUAGUACAGGAAGAGCGCCGAGACUAAAUUAUAAGAGCAACCAUGAUGAUAGCAGCGAUGGUGGCGGUGAUGACAAUGAAGAAGAAGAAGAAGAUGAUGACGACGACGAUGAUGAUCAACCAAAGUUCGGGUUUAGUCGAUAG